AUGGGCCCCGUGUCGAAGAGAUCUCUGAGCAGCACAGACAGGUCGAUUUCGCCUCCUGCCUUGAGGAGAAAGCUGUCCUGUACGACAGAGUCGCAACACGUGCCAAACACAUGGUCAGGCCAAGUCCGGCUGUUCAGCUGGAAUGUCAAUGGCAUCGGGCCACUGCUUCAGAAACAUCUGUCAUUUGAGCGAGGCUCCUUGUCACCACUGAGGUCCUUCCUCAAACGGCAUCAGUGGCCGCAGUUGCUAUGCUUGCAGGAAGUGAAAAUCAGCCCAAAGGACAGUGCAACUCAGAGACGGCUACAGCACGCCGCCAACCAAGGCAAUGCCGCCGACGAGCCCACUUACAGUGUUCACUUCUCCUUACCGAGAGACAAGUAUAAUGCUACGGGGUUUGGGGGCAAAGUCCACGGCGUUGCGUCUUUGAUCCGGGACGACUUCGCCACCGGUAUUCGUGUGACACGGAAACCGGACUGGGAUCUUGAGGGCCGGGUGCUAAUCCACGAACAUGAGACAGGGCUUGCCAUAAUAAACGGGUACUGGGUCAACGGGACUUCGAACCCAUAUCGGGAUCCUGCCAGCGGCAAAGUAACCGGCACGCGACACGAUCAUAAGUUGCGAUCCCAUCAGCACAUGUUGGAUGAAACCCUUCAGCUUGGGAGGGAUGGAUAUCAGGUUGUCCUGAUGGGCGACAUGAACAUCGCCCGGGCUCGAAUUGAUGGCCAUCCCAAUCUACGAACAUCGCCUGUUCAACACGUCAAGAACCGCGCAGACUUCAAUUCCAAAUUUUUCACGGACGAGAAGGGCAUGCGCGGCAUCGAUGUCUUCAGGCAUCUCCAUGGAGAUACCGAAAAGUACACCUAUCAUCCACGGGGGAGGUCCUGGGGAGAAAGCUGUGACCGCGUGGACCUCAUCGUCGUGAGUCGAGCUUUGGUCGACGACAUGGGCGCAGUCACAGCGACUGACAUAUGUGAUUCCGCUCAAGAAAGAGGGCACAGUGACCACGUUCCCCUCUGGGUCUCCCUUGACCUCUCGAGGAUAGCUGGUGUACUGUAA